GUCAGUUUGCUCUGGCAGAAAUAUAUACAAGAUACCAACCCAUGUAGCUAUCUAGUGACCACACCGUGCACAGUAGUUCAGUACCAGGAGUACUCGCCCGGCUACUGUAUAGUCAGACCAGCCGAAAUCAGCUGAGAGCCUCAGAUGAGAUCUGCCUGCCUGGAACCAAUAAUAGUUGUUAAGCAGGUUACUAGAGAGGAAGACUCGGACGUACACGAUGAGCCUUUCGGUAAGCAAGUCCCCGCCGGUGAUGGUCCGCCCGUCGACGCUGACGGAGCCGGCGAAGAAGGCGACGACCCAAGUGCAGCUGUCGUCGUGGGACAGGAGCUACGUGGGCUUCCAGGUGACGGCCGUGCUCAUCUUCGACGGCCCAGCCCAGCAGCGGCCCAUCGAGGCCAUCAAGAAGGGCCUCUCCAAGGCGCUCGUCCCCUACUCCCCCAUCGCCGGCCGCCUCGCCCCCGCCGCCGGAGCCGGAGACGAAGACGAUCUCCCGCUCCAGAUCGAGUGCACGGGCGAGGGCGUCCCCUUCGUGGCUGCGUCCGCGGAGUGCGCCCUGGCGGACCAGGAAUGGCUGCACGGCGGCGUGCCUGUCCCGGGGAGCGCGCUCUACGACCUCGCCUCCUACUACCCGGCGCCGGAGCCGGCGCGCACGGAGCCCUUGCUUGUGAUGCAAGUCACGGAGUUCUCCUGCGGGGGGUUCUCCGUGGGCGUGACGUGGAACCACGCCCUGGCCGACGGCGACGGCAUGGCGCAGUUCCUGCAGGCCGUCGGCGAGCUCACCCGCGGCGCUAUCCAGACGCCGUCCGUGGCGCCGGUGCGGGACGGCGGCGAGGUCCCUCUGCCUGCGCUCUCGCCGGCGGUGGUCGCCGGGAAGCAGUGGCUGAUGCUGGACCGCGGCGGCGGCGCCAUGGACGACGACGACAUGGUCUACCUCGACGUCACCAUCCCCAAUCGCCUCAUCGACCGCAUCAAGUCAGACUACAAGAAUCACGACCCUUCGUCCUACUGCACGACCUUCGAGGCCGCCAUCGCCGUGCUCUGGCAGUGCCGCACGCGCGCGAUCGGCACGGGCUCCAUGGCCAUGGCGCCGCUGGCCUUCUUCGUGAACGUGCGCAAGGGCGUGGGCGCGGCGGCGGGGUACUACGGAAACUGCGCCGUGGCGCAGGUUGCCAUGGCGACGGGCGCCGAGGUGGCCGGCGGCGACAUCUGCGACGUGGUGAGGCUGAUCAAGCGCGCCAAGGAAUCGGUUCCCGAGCUGCUGCGGCGGGAGGGCGGCGGGGCCGUGGAAGGGAUGGCGGAGAUGGGCGAGGAGGAGACGGCGGCGCUCUUCGGGUACAACGCAUUCAUGGUCACCAGCUGGCGGAACAUCGGCUUCGACCGCGCCGACUUCGGCGCCGGCGCUCCCGCCAGGGUCGUCGGCCGGUGGCAGCAGUCCACUGUGCCCGGGUGCAUGGCCUUCCUCGCCUGCAGGGCUGCCGGCGCCGGAGAAGACGGAGGGGAGAAGAUGCUCACGCAGUGCGUCAGGGCAGAGCACGCGGCCGCGUUCCUCGCCGAGAUCGACAAGCUCGCCUCCUAUGCUGCCUCUGCACCCGUAGCCGUAGCAACUGCAUCUGCAUGAAUAUUAUUUCUGUUCUGUGUGCAUCUUUCUCUCCUUCCUGAAUCCUGACCUCUAUUUCUGUUGGUUUUUGAAAUGAAUGGAUUUGUUACUCUAUGUUC